CGAUUUUAAGUUGAAUCAACAAGUUAAAAUGUGCGAAUAAAUAUAAAGGUUGCGCACUUAAUAACUAAAGUGAAGAAAAUAUACAAAUAUUCUAAAAAAAACUGUUUUAUUUAGUUGCCAAUUCCACCUAAAAUUGUUAUAUCACGAGUCAAAAUUCAAAAGAUUUUCCAACAAUUUGCCAUAUAUAUCCAUCAAAUAAUACAUCAAUUGCUAUUUCACAUUGCUGUUUAAAAAUAAGUUUGAUAAAAUUUUACAGGGUUAGUAAAAGUUUUCUACGGAAGACAGUCAUCUUGAACCUAAAUGAAUGGAUAUGAAUCGGUAGAACAAUAGUUAGUUACGGAAUCAUAUUUGUUUGGUAAAGAAUUUCCUCUUUCUUUCUUGUUUUAUUAAAUACUCGGAAUUUGCCGAAAUCUUUUAAAAUUGCAGUCUUUAAUUAUACGAAUUCAAACUAUGUGUUUUUAUGGUGUGAUUCUUCAAUUAUUCAAAAGGUUGAAGGACGUGUUAAAAUGGGACAAAUAAGAAAUACUUUCUCGAUCUUUUCGUUUUUCUUCGUUUUCUUUCUAGUUACCUCUUCUAAGGACAUUGAUCUGACUAUGAUGAUAUGUCUGCUGCGUAAUUUUGGAGGUUUAUUAAAACCCUCCAAUGGAUGGGAUCAACUUCCGCCGCCGAAUGAAGUCUUGCCGGGAGCGGAAUUGGCAACACUGAAGUGGUACAGAAAUCAGGUGGCCCAUAUGACAGUAACUUCUAUGGAUAACAAUGAGUUCACCGACAAAUGGACUCGUGUUGAAAAGGCAUUGACAUCGUUGAAUAAAGGUCAGAGACCACAUGAGGUCACCGAAAUCUUUAAUUACGAUCUUGAUGGAGAACAAGCAAAAGCAUUAGCAAACACAGAACUGAAGCAACUACAGAAACACUACAUGGAUUGUGAAAAGGAAAAAGAACAGAUAGAAAGUGAUUUAGCUUACUACAUGGAAGGACAUCUUCCUAAAAAUAUGGCAGAUGCGAAUGCAAGUUUGGUUGAAACAUGGAAGAAAGAUGACGAAAGUUUUUAUGACACAACAGGAUCAGAUUUGGUUUAUGAAACAGUAAAGCAAUUUGGCUGUAUUUUGGUGACAUCAAAUUCAACAUUAGGAAAGACAGCAACCAUCCGACAUAUUGCAUUAAAACUACAAUAUGAAGGAUUUGAAAUUGUUUCCAUAGAGUACCCAGAGGAUGUGAUCAAAUACAAAACAAUUAAAAAACAAGUAUUUCUUAUUGAUGAUGUCCUUGGAAAACACGGUUUAAAUCCGAACUUGUUGGAAAAGUGGGAAAGAACAAAUGAAAAACUGAUUAGCUGCCUGAAGAAAGAAUCAGGUUCACACAAAGUAUUGUGUACACUGAGAUCACUUAUAGCACUCAAUAAAAGAUUUGAAAAUGCAUCGACCAUUCUAAACAAAAAAGUCAUUAAUUUAGAGCAAGAGUCUUAUACUCUUUCAAAAGAGGAAAAACAGCAAAUAUUAAUUAAACACCUUAAGACAAAUAACUUAGAAAAGGAAAUAAAUUCAAAGGAGCUUGAGAUAAUGUGCGAAACCAGUUAUGCAUUUCCUCUUCUUUGCAAAUUAGUUUCAAAUGAUGCUGAAAGAUUCAGAAAAAGAAUCGAAUUCUUUAGGCAGCCAUUGUCACUGUUCAGGGAUGAACUUGAUAAAAUUAGUAAUGAAAAUAAGAAGCUUUAUUGCAUUUUGGUAAUAUGUAUGUUGUAUAAGGGUUCAUAUAAUAGACGCGUAUUUGAUAUUGACUGUGAUGAGAAAAUAAAAAGAAUAAUUCAGGCUUGCGGGCUUCAAACAGACAUGUCUACGAAAGAACUGGAGGAUACCGCUGUUUCUGCUGUAGGAUCUUAUUUCACUGAAGACAGUACUGAUUUUCGGUUUAUUCACGAUGCUCUUGAAGAGACUGUCGGCUUACAUUUCUGUAAAUUUGCUCCAAGAGUAAUGUUUUUAUACUGUGAUAUUCUGUUUAUAAGAGAUCGAGUCAGAAUUCAUUCCAAUGAAGACAUGCAUAAAAAUGUCGCUGAAAAUAUUGUGAUUAUUCGGGAAGAUGAAUUGAAUGAAGAUCAUCUUCAACCGUUAUAUAAUAGAUUGGGGGAUGAGUUAACAUGUUGAAAAUUUUCCAGUGUUGAUGAGCCACAUCUUUAAAAAUAAAACUUUUGUUUGGAUAUUUGGAACCAAAUUUGAAAACAAGAUGAGCUUACAAAAGACUUUUUUUGAAACCGUUAGUUCCGAGCGGGUAAGGAGCUGCGAUUCGUCCGUAUUUAAAAAUAUUUUAAAGAUUCUUUCAAAUGUUGAAUUACAAAAUAGAAAAGAUGCUAUUAGUCGAGUUAUAGAUGCUUUACCUUUCAGAAGUACACUUCUGUACUGGGUUGUGGCCUUUGGCUGCUAUGACCUCUUUCAAUAUGCAUGGCAUGAGAUGACAACUAAAGAUUGUAAUUGGAUUCUUGGUAAAGAUUAUACAUUACUACCUGAUGUUAAGUCCUUCUUUCCUCUAGCUAUUCUGGGAGGUAACUUAAAUAUUGUAAAAGACCUGAUUUGUUCUGGUGCAGAUGUUAACUGCUUUCCGAGUUUUGGGAAACACCUUUAUAUUUAGCAAUUAAAUCGUGUAACUAUGAUAUGGCACGCUUACUGGUGAGAAGUGGAGCACAGGUAAACCUACGAGGAUUGGUACAAUUGAAUGUCCCAAUUGUGGUUACUUCAAACAAACAGGAAUUAACUAGUAUAAUUCUUGAAUAUGAUUUAAACCAGACCGAGCUUCAUGUAGCUGUCUGACAUAACGACUUAAAAAAAUUGAGAACAAAUAUUCGAUCAGAAAAUAUUAAUUCUAGAACAGAUAGCGGAUGGACAGUCUUACAUUACGCUGUAUUAUUAAAUAACUUACAUGCUGUGAAGGUGUUAUUCCAUGAAGAAUUGCCCUAAAUCGAUGAUCCCUAUGUUGAAAUUACGCAAGCUGACAGCAGAGAAGUGUACAUAGAGCCGACAUUGAAAGUAAGCAUAGUUGACAAGAACGGACUUACUGCUGUCCAUCUAGCAGUUGUAAACAAUAAUAUCGAGAUACUGUCUUUUCUGCUUCAUAAGAAAACUGAGGUAAAGGUUCAUGAUUGUUUCUAUAGAACCCCUUUACAUUACACAAUUAGUGAAAGCGCAACAAAAUUAAUGCUUACUCAUACCUCCCAGGACCAGUGUUUAAAGACUAAUCGACACACCGAGGAGGAGAAAGAGUAUGAAAAAACGCCGAUGUCAGCUUUAAGGACCAUGUGUUUUAAUAUAAUUCUAAACACUUCUUACAGAAGAAUUUGGAGUGAUUUUGUAAAUGAGCCAGACUACGAAGGUAAUACACCCUUGCAUUCUGUUAUAAACAGAUGCAUUUCAAAAGAGGAAAGCAGUAAUGGUAUAAAAACAUUGCUAGAGAAUGGGGCCAAUCCUUAUCUUUUUAAUGAUAGUGGCACUUCAGCAUUAGAGUUAAUCAAAAGCACUUGUGGCACAGUCAAAUACAUAAACAAUAGUGCAAGAUAUGAAAAAUCAAUUAAGAUAACUUUUAAUGUAUUUGCUUUAUCAAUGAUCUUAUUAAUGGCAGUGACUUUUGGCCUAUCAAUAUAUUUUGCCUUCGUUAUUGUAAAGGAAAGUCAAACUGCAGUAUUUUGCGUUAGACAAUGUGCCGAGUAUGGUAAUAUUACCUUGGUGCAGGUGACGAGAAGCAUAAACGUUAUAAUACUCACUAUUUUACUAUUGUGGUUAUUAUCGAAACCUUUUUACAUUAGAGAUUCAUAUUUCCUCCGACAAAGUAUUUGGUUUUUUUCCGUAUCAAUAAUUUGUGGUUCUAGCAUAUUAGUGGGUGCAUUUGUAUGCAUUCAAAUCAUAUACAGUUUGAUGUAUGCAAUGCUUUUAGCUAUUUUAGUGAGUUUGAUAAUAAAUCAAAUGUUCUCACUUUUCAAAAUAUCUAUUAUAAGUUUGGACAGAAGCAGUAUAGUUUUUGUACUGGCAAUCUCCUUUCUAAGCUUUGGUAGUUUAGCAUUUUUCUAUGUCACGUCUAUCAUAUACACUAGUGACCUACACUCCAACAAUUUUGAUUCCAUUAGUAAUUUAAAUAUCCUGAACAUAACAGCUUCAAAUUGUACAGAAUUUCGUUCUGUAAAUAUUUCUUGUACACAUUUAUCCAAUAAUAUUACUUAUAAGCAUGGUGUUGAUUUCGAAGUACAAUGUCUUACUGACCCAAAUAUUACAAGCAAUAAUGGUACAUAUGGUACACUGACGAUGGAAUCAGGAUUUUUAUACUCAGAAAUAGGCAUCAUGUCUUUAUUUUAUUUAAAUUUUUCGUUACAUACAACAUGUACCUAUUUUUUUAUUCAUUGUAUAUGUUUUUCUGUUAUAUAUAUUCCUAGAAGAAAAAGAGAGUUCCAUAUCCUAAUGCAAGCAGGUUGUCUAAUUAUACAUAUUAUCUCAGUAUUAUACUUACAAUGACCAAAUAAAUCUUUCAAUUAUAAUGUGCGAUACGCAGGAGUAAAAUCUGAAGUGUCAAACAAGUGCUCCUGAUUGGUUACAGUAAUAAUUACAUAGAAACACUUACGGGAAUAGCUGUAUGAUAGUGCCACUUACAAUCCCUCCCACAAAAAAAGCUAACAAUAUAUUAACUUGACUAGUAAAACAUUUCUUGAGAAUAAUAGUUUCAAUAAAGCUAUACAUAGGUAUGUAUAACUGGCUGGUUAAGCAUUACAGAAGCAUCCUUGUCUAUCUAAUGCAUACCAUGCCAUGUUUAACUGACAUGUAAAAGAAAAUAGAACUAAGUUUCAAUCCUGGUAUCUAUGAUGAGUUUGUUU